AGUUCACUUGCCAGUGGCGCUCCCAGCAGGUGGCAGAGCGCUACCUUUGGAGGAGGAAGGAUGGUCCACGGAAGGCGGCAGCAGGCAGGAAACCCCGUUGUCACCGAGGCAGAAGGUUCAAGCGCAAGUCCAACUGCCGCUACUUCAGAAUCUCCAAGAAAAGGGAAAAAACGUCUUUCUGGUCCUCUGUCUCAACUUAUUCUUCAGGCUUUCGAGAGUUCUGCCAAUCCACGGAAAGGUGUGUCGCUGGCAGCUCUGAAGAAGUUUCUCAGGGAAGGUGGUUACAACCUAAACAGAAACAAAAACAGCCGCCUGAAGCGGGAGCUGCAUAACUUGGUCUCGAGUGGUGUAUUGGUCCGCGUAACCGGCAGUGGUGCCUCGGGAUCUUUCAAGUACGGCAGAACUCAAGCGAAAAAAAAGUCUGGUAAAGCGGAGACGAAGAAACUGAAAAAAUCUGCGCGUGCAAAAAAACCGUCCGCAGGAAACAGGGAGCCCAAAAAGAAGUCCAGGAAGAAACAGCCUGCCGUUAAUAAACCAAAAGGUGUCCAAAGGAGGAGGACAGCGGUCCCUAGUAGGAAACGUUAGCUCGACAAGCAUCCAACGGGGAAAAGUUCUUACUAACAACCGCCCCACCAACCUUCUUUAACAGUUUUAAAAAGGCUCUUUUAAGAGCCACUCAAGACUCACUGAAAGAAUUGAUUCAUUUUCAGAGUUGAUGUUGAUUGAACAGACUAAUCAGUGCCUCAUUUGAAGAAGACUUGAGGUACUUUGCCACCAACGCUGCUUCCCAUAAGGACAGUUUUAAAUUAAGAUUCAAACAAAAUGUUAAAUAGAAUAAUAAAAUUUUAAGUGCACUUGUGAAAAUUCUGGACCUCCCAAAUUGAUUGGUUUUGUUACAAGGUUUUAACAAUAAAAGUCUUAACUUUG